ACUAAGACUCCUUUGUGUCUUGCUCACAUCCAUCCUAUCAUAUUAUUUAUUAUUAUGUCAGGCGUUUUGGGAUGACGUGGCAGGAGCCAAUCAGAACCAUGGAGGGCUCCUGCAUCCAUCCGUCAUGGGCAACGCCCGGUAGUAGCCUGGCACGUCAGUUGUAGAAUUUUUAAACAACAAAUUAAUAAACAUAAACUAAACAUCACAUAACAAUUUGUAAAAGGUUUGUGUAUUUAUGUUGUUGCACAUGGAGGGUGACAGUUGUGGUCCUCAGUUCUGAUAGGCUCAGUAACAUUCGAUGCCGUUGGGGGGGAAAAGUGUUCCUCUCCUCUGAUUGGCUGAGUAACGUUCGAUGCCGUUGGAAAAGCUCGUGCCACCGGCGAUAAUGGCUACACGUAACUGCUCGUCUGUCGCUUAGCAACCACGUUGUUUGACUGCCGGUCAACAGAUCGCCCGAUGGUUGGUGGUAAAACAAUAAUUAAUUUAAUCUCUAAUGUUAUUUUUUAGCCAGUUACAACGGAGUGUAUAAAAAUAACUGCGCUGUUGAAGAUAAUUAUGUGAUUUAUAUGCUAUCAUGGCUUGUGCUGAGACUACGUUCCCUAUCUCAGCGACUACGCACAUUUUCUGCGCAAACGCCACUGUCUUCUCUUUUGUUCCCCAUUCAUAAAGCGACUUCAGUAUCCUGAAGCUGUGUCAACGUAAAGUGUAACCCCCCGCCCUCCCUCGCGAAAAGAGGCGCCUGGCCCUUUAAGGGUUAUGUAGCCGGGGCUAACCGAUGUAGGACGAGCCGACCGUGGUGCGUCUGCCUGCCUGCCUGCACUCCCGCUGCUAUCCCCAUCAUGGCCUCCACACAGCCGCCACCGAUACCACCGAGGGUGAACCGACCAACCAGCGGCCCUUCCCUUCCCGGAGCGGAGACGGACGUCAAGCCGAAGCAGAGGCACCGGUAGAGGCGAGCCGCGCCGGGGAGAGCCGCCUCACAUCCCAUGCCACCCCGGUCUCCUCCAUGCCUUCGUCUAAAGCCAAGUACAGCUAUUCGAUAAAGAGGGGUGCGAGCCCGGGCGGCGGCGGCAGCAGCAGCGGCGGCGGCGGCAGAAACAUGACAACGAACAGGGAUUAUUCUGUUAAUCUGUCGGUGCAGCAAGUGCUGAGCCUUUGGGUGCAAGGCACGACGCUGCAGCACUUCACAGAGAUGUGGUACUGGGUGUUCCUGUGGUGUCUCUUCUCCUCGCUCUUUGUCCACGGUGCGGUGGGGCUGCUCAUGUUAGUCAUGCUGCAGCGCCACAAGAGGGGCCGCCUCAUCACCCUGGUGCUGGUCAGCGUGGGUUUCCUGGCCUCCCUGUCCGGAGGCGUCAUCACCAGCGCAGCGGUGGCGGGGGUUUACCGCGUCGCAGGGAAGGACAUGGCUCCACUGGAGGCUCUGGUUCUCGGCGUGGGCCAGACCACCCUCUCCGUCGUCAUAUCCUUCUCGCGCAUCCUGGCCACUCUGUGAAGAAAACCCCUCAACAAGUCGGGAGGACAGACACUGACGCGAGAGGAGAGCCGACGAAUCGAGCCAAUCAGAGACUUAAGGCGCUCGUCGUGGCCUCGUUUGUAGGAGGAGAGGAGGCAGAAGUGCUCUGGACCUUUAGGGCUGGAUGCAGGA